ACAACUUAAAGAAGUAAUAACGUAAUCAUAAAUUCUCCAUGAUUUCCUCUCUUCCAAUCACCAAUUUCCCCCUCAAAACAAACCCUCUUUCAUUUUCAAUCCAAUUCAUAAUUUCAAAACAAUUCCAUAUCUUCUUACAAUUUCAAAUCCGCUGCAAUUCUGUUACGUUACAACAAUGGAAAGCCGAAGAACCAUGACGAUGAACUGGGACGGAAUAGAAGACCUCGACGACGAUGACGACGUUUUCUUCGACGCUUCUUCAUCGUCCGACGAAGAAGAAUCAUUCGAAGACACCAGCAUGUCAUUCACCGAUUCCUCCAUCUUCUCCGAGUUCCACUCGGGCAAAUACGACAUGUGGAUGACCACACCUGAAUCCAUCUCCGACAGACGACGUCGUCUCCUUCAAGGCAUGGGCUUAGGCACCAAUGAAGAAGAUCUUUUUAACAGACCUCCUGCCACACCAAUAUUAUCGCGUAAAACGGAUAUUCCUCCUCCUGCGAACGUAUGUUCGCAGGAGGAGAAAGACUCCUUGUCCCCGGUUUCUGUCUCUCCAAAAUAUGCUGACAAGGAUGAGACGACAGAAGCCGAAGGCGAAUGCGAGUGCCAUCCGGUCAUUUCGGUUAUUUCGGAUGGGAUACUAAUGCGGUCGAGAUCCGAUGGUAGUAUAAACACAUCGGUUGGUGAUGCUAAAAAGAGGAAAGAAGAGAUUAUUGGCUCAGUGUCGAAGCAACGGUUAACGCGGACGUCAUCGUGGUUUGCCAACCCGCUCAUUGCGUUGUCGUCGUUUAAAAGAGGACAGCAGAGGAGGAUUUUCGUGGCGAAGGAGCAUACGGAUGAUAGUGAUGACACGAAUGGGGUGGGGAGACAAGAGUCGAUUUUGGUGAUUAAGAAUUUCGAUACGGGGAAGGAGUUUAUGGUUAAGGAGUCGAAUGUGGAUGGGGAAGGGGAUUGGAAUAAGUUGAGUGAUGUGGAGACGGGGAAGGAGAUUACGACGGAGGAGUUUGAGAAGAAUGCAGGGCGAUCGCCGAAGGUGAAGGAGUUGUCGGCGAAGGGGGGUAGCGAUGAUCGGAAGUUGAGGCGUGGGAAUUCGUCGUUUCAGAAGAGUUUCAAGAAAAGUAAGAAGAAAGGGGCUGCAUUGUUUAAGAACAUGAAGUUGGGGUCGAUAGGUGGGUCGAAGACGGAUAAGGAAAGGGGUUCGAUGAUGAGUGCUUCGCCUUCGAUGAAAGAUGGUAAUGCAGCAUCGACAUGUGAGCAAAAACCGUCUUCGCAAUGGGUGAAAGCACGAGUUCAUGGGAAGCCGUAUAAGGAGUUUACAGCAUUGCAUAGGAGUCAAGAGAUUAAGGGUCAUGAAGGAUCGAUUUGGACGAUGAAGUUCACGCACGACGGGCAUUAUCUGGCGACUGCCGGUGAGGAUAAAGUGAUUCAUAUAUGGGAAGUGCAAGAAUUCGAUGUAAGGGCGAUGCAAGGUGGAGAUGAUUCGAGUUCAGCUGGUAGUACGCCAGCUCACCCGAUGGCUAUGGUGGCUAGUCCUGACUGUAGGCCACCGUUGCCCGAUUCAACGACAGAGAAGAAGAAGAAAGCGAAGAAAAAGAAAGCGAUUCCGGACUAUGUUCAUGUGCCCGAAACUGUUUUCGGGUUGUCGGAAACGCCGUUUUGCACCUUGAAUGGUCAUCUGGAUGAUGUCCUGGACCUAUCCUGGUCAAAAUCUCAGCUCUUGCUUUCAUCUUCAAUGGACAAGACAGUAAGGCUAUGGGAUAUUAAGACCACGGACUGUUUGAAGCUGUUUUCUCAUACCGAUUACGUGACUUGCAUUCAGUUCAAUCCGGCUGAUGAUGACUACUUUAUAAGCGGUUCACUAGACGCCAAGGUUAGAAUCUGGAACAUUCCAGACAGACAUGUCACGGACUGGAUUGAUCUGCAUGAAAUGGUAACCGCUGUUGGCUAUUCUAGCGACGGCAAGGUUUCGGUUGUUGGUUCUCAUAAAGGGAUCUGUCGAUUUUACAACACUGCGGAUUGCAAGCUUGAGCCUAAGGAUCAAGUUGAAUUGAAAACUAAAAAGAAGCCACAGCCUAAGAAGAUAACCGGUUUUCAGUUUUCCACAUCGAACCCAUCUGAAGUACUCGUGACAUCAGCCGAUUCGAGGGUUAGGAUCUUAGACGGAACAAAACUCGUUCAGAAAUACAAAGGUUACAAGAACAUUAACAGCCAAUUUUCAGCUGAUUUUAGUCCCGAUGGGAAAUACAUAAUCAGUGCUAGCGAAGAUUCGCAAGUAUACGUUUGGAGGCACGAAGAACCCAAAGCGAAACACAAACAUCCAAUCAUUAAAUCUUACGAACACUUCCCUUGUAAAGAAGUUUCCGUUACAGCACCAUGGCCCGGAAUCAGCAAACUCGAACAGCCAUUUGUCGCAAUGCAUUCCAAAAAACACGCAAAAAAGUCCCUCACCACACUCCCACCACUGGGCGCCGAUGACAGUGGCCAAAGCAAACGAUCUGCAUCGCCGCUGCCACCGAUUCCUAAAAAGAGUAAUCCCUCAACGGAUAACGCUGAAGACACAGACCACCAAGCUCAUGCUGACUCUAGCGUAGGGCCGUGUGAGUCAUUCAGCUCAGCAGCCACCGGUUCAUCGGGCAGGCUUGAUGAAAUGGCAUCACCUUCACCGAGCACCAUGUCAUCUCCAGGGUGGGGUAGUAACCAUGGUAGUAGCCAUGGUCAUAAGACCAUCCAAGCAACAGCAUGGGGGUUCGUGAUCGUGACUGCAGGCUUGGGUGGUGAGAUCACUGUUUUUCAAAAUGUGGGUCUGCCGUUUAAGGUUGGCCGCUUGUAAUAGGUUUUACUUGUAUAUAAUGAUUCUUUGUCGGGUCUUUUGUAUGCUGAGGCCUGUCUAGUCGGUUAAAAGAUUCAUUGUCAACCAAGAAAUUUGCUAGUCGGGAGGACUUUAACAAAUUAGUAGCUCCCAGAUUCGAACAUUCUAUGUUAGAUUCUGUAUUGAGAAA